UUGCAUGGAGAGCAACAGCUGCACGCCGAGGGGGACUGCCAAUUCUAAUCGAGCCGUGACUCGUGAUCCUUGAUGCCCUUUCUCUUCGUUAGCUGCCAUCUUCCCGUGUUUCCAGCUGCCUUAUCGUCAGCUGCUUUCAUCCACCUCUUCUAGACGUUCGAAUCGAAUGCUUCUCGCAUUCAACAGCAGUAGGCUCUGGUAGCGGAGCGAGCGACAACAGGGCAGCGCUCCUGAGACGUCAGGGAACAAGGGGGGUAGUAUUAGCUUUUUUUUUUCAGCAGAACCAGCCGUAGUAACUGGUUUACCGCAGCCUCCAUAACUCUUCGUAUCGUCAGCUCGCUUUUCCUGCCAAUAAGCUUUUUCCGACUGGAGAGGAUAACAUCAGCAUGGAGUACGCGGAAGGCCCGUAUGGCACCCCACGAGCAGCGCAAAUGCGCUCCAACCCGCAUUCUCCUCCCCCUCCCAUUCCAGCCAUAGCCGUUGGCCACCUCUCCCCCACAAUACCCGCGCACCCUAGACUCCCCGACUCCUCCCCCUCCCCCGUACGCACCUCCAGCUCCUCCGUCUCCCUCUCCUCUUCCUCCUCCCUCCCCCCCUUCUCCCCCUGCCCGACGCCCCCGCCGGUCCUACCUGGCAAAAAGCCCACUUCCGACGCAACCGGCGGCGAAAAGCCACCCGAUCGGAAGCUGUGCACGUGCAAGCCGCCGUUGAAACUCUCCGAGGGGCUAAACCUCCCGUGGAUCGGUCCAGUGCGGUGGCUGGACCCGCUCCGCUGGCUGCUCGCGGGCGUAAAAAACCCUCUGAAUGUCGUCACGCUCGUGAUGGUGGCGUCCAUGGCGGUCGUUAUCUCGCUGAAUUUCUCCGCCAUGGCGCACAUCGCGCUGGCGAUGGGCGUGCUGGAGAGCGAGUGGGAGGAGAAGCUGUGGCAGGAGUUUUGCAACCAGAUCCUCAACGCCGUCGGCACGCUGGGCUGCCUCGUCGUGCACCCGCUGCGAUGCUACUACCUCGUGCGACUCUGGCGAUGGAGUCGCGAGGACGUCGCCAGCCUUCGCGCGGUGCUCUCGGCGGCCGGGCCGUUUGUCGCGAAGCCCAACGAGCGGUGGCAUCUGGGCGUGGUGCUGAUUCUCCUCCAGCUAAAUUGCUUCGGCCAAUACGCCAUCGCGCUUUUCAUGUGGUUCGUCUUGGAACCCGACCGUCCUCUCGUUCUCCUCGGUUUCAUCGUGAUCAUCGCGCUCGGCUCGCUUAUCGCUGCCGGGAUCUACUGCUCCUGGAGCCCCCUCGGCUGGCCUACUGGCUCUAAGCCUGAGAAGAAGAAACGGAAUGGCGGGAAAUCUGGCGGGCGUGUCGUGCCCGUGACGAGCGCCGAGGAAGACGGCGGGGUUGUCGCUGGUGGCGCGACGGGAGAGACGGGGGGAAGUUUGUGCGGGAAGUGCGGCGGGGUGCUGUGCGACAGCGCGACGGAUGACGACGAGGGCGAUGACAUGGAUAGGGUCGCGCAGAAGCACGGGCUGUACGUGCGACUGGACGACGCGGGCGCGGGGGGGAAUCAGAAUACGCGCGAAUGGAAAACGCCCACGUGGCAGCCGAUGGGGGAGCUGGCGCGGCCGCAGUGGCAGGGAUCGCAGCUAGACUGCUGCGCGGACGGCCUAGGGUCGGCGGUACGCACCGCGCUCUGCUGCUUCUGCGUGCACGGGAGGAACGUGGAGCGAGCUGGGUUCGGCAAUAAGAUCGUUCACACGGCCAUGUUUAUCUUCUUUGUCUUCGGCCCUAUCGUGAUUUUUACGCUGGGUUCUCGGCCGAUCAACAGUGUACCCAUGCAGUGGAUCGUGUUCGGCUUGGGUGUUCUUACAACGAUUGGCGGGGUGACGUAUGGGGGGUACUGGCGGUGGAAGGUGCGGCGUACGUUCCUGCUGCCGGAGGAGGAGUGGUGCUGCGGGCACAAGGCGGCGACGGACUUUGCGGCGUGGUACGUGCUGCCGUGCUGCUCGCUGUGCCAAGAGGUGCGUACCGUGCGCCACUACAGCCUCCACAUGCUCCCGCACCUGCCGGACCAGGGGGGGGAGCAGAGAGGGGCAGGGGGCCAGGGGAAGGAGAUCAUGGUGCAGACAAUGGCACCUACUUCUAUUUGCAUGGAGCCCUGCGCGAUUGGAGUGAAUUUAUAGCAACUUCUUAUGUGUGAUUAUGCCUGAAAUUGGUUGGUUGAGGAUUUCUCCUACCACUCAUUCAACUAAUUAUGUUGUUGCUGUUGAUGACAAAUAAUUUAUCUAUAUAUGC